AUGGUACGCGGAGGGACAGGCACACCGCCAGUGGUAGAAGAGCACCCUGGCGGUGGUCAUAUCACGGUUACAGCGCAGCAAUCGCGGUACGCGCUCGAUGCUGUCGAUGCACCUGCAUCGAAAGAGUCGCGCCAUUAUGUGCUUGUCGGACGCAAUGGCACCGGAAAGUCGACACUGCUGAAAGCCAUCGGCGACGGGUUCAUCCCAGGCAUCCCGUGGAGUACACAAAUUCUUUUGCUUGGCCAGACACGCGAAUCAGAAGUCGCAGAUGAGCUCGACAGUCUCAAGCUCGAAGAUGAGACAGUUCUACAGCAUGUUGUGAGAAGCGAUCGAGUGCGGGAGAGGUAUACACGAGAAGCCAAGAUUCUCAGCGAUGCUGUCGAGAACUCUAAAGAUGCUAUGGCGCCGGUGCGAGCGUACAGACGUAUCCAAACCGAGAGGCUUGCUUUGAUGUUGAAGGAGGCACAUCGUAUUGCAGAGAGGAGGAGUGGAGCCAGAGGGAAGCUGGCGCGAAAGGAGCUGAUCAAGCUCGAAGAGCGGUACGAGAUGUCAAAGAAGGGAGUCGAAGAGGAAGAGAGCGAGGUGGAUCCCACGCGCAUGAGCGAGGAUACGCAAGCCGCCGCAGACAUGCUCUCCAGUGUUCAAGCUUCCCUCGAGCUUAUGGAUGCAGCAGCGGCAGAGGCCAAAGCUCGAAGGGUUCUGCUCGGUCUUGGGUUCAAGGAAGAUCGCAUAGACAAGCCCAAGUUGCAAUUGUCAGGCGGGUGGCAGACCCGGUGCGAUCUCGCCUGCGCGCUGACGCAGCAUGCUGACGUACUUCUGCUGGACGAACCGACCAACUUCCUGGACUUGCCUUCGAUCAUCUGGUUGCAAGAUUACAUCAACAACAUGACGAGCACAACAAUCCUCAUAACCACGCAUGAUCGCGACUUUGGCGAUGCUGUGGCAGAAGAGCUGGUCCUGUUACGCAACCAGGUGCUCGAGACGUUUCGUGGCAACUUGAGCCUCUACGAGCGAGAGAAGCAUAAGAAGAUACUGUAUCUGACGAAGAUGAAGGAUGCGAAAGACAAACAGAAGAAGCACAUCGAGAAGUCGAUCGCUGGCAACAUCAAGGCGGCCAGAGACAAAGGAGAUGAUAAGAAGCUGAAGCAGGCUGCAUCGAGGCAAAAGAAGCUCGAUGAGCGAUGGGGCGUAGAGGUGGGACUCAAGGGCGGCCGCUUCAAGCUGAACCGCGAUCUUGGAGGCUACCACACGACGCAUCGAGCUGAGAUCGAGAUACCGGACUUCGACCCACCUGUCAAAUUGACCUUCCCGCGGCAGCCUCCUGAUCUGAGGUUUCCAGGCGCGCUGGUGAGCAUGGAGAAAGUGACAUUUGCGUAUCCAGGCAGGAAAAAGGCACCGACGUUGACAGACAUUUCCUUGACUAUACAUCCUGGUACACGGACUGGCAUAGCAGGGUUGAACGGCUCCGGCAAGACGACGCUCGUCUCAUUGAUUGCGGGCAGUCUGGUGCCAACAUCCGGAUCGAUAACGCGGCAUGCGAGAGCCAAGUUCGGUCGGUUCUCUCAGCAGUCAGUCGAAGAGAUUACAGCGAUUGCUUCAUCCGACCCAAAGUUGACAGCGCUGCGGCAUGUGAUGGAAGCUGACGGGGCCGAGAUGGAAGAGAAAGCAGCACGACAGAUAUUGAGUAGCCUGGGGCUGCACGGUCAUACCGUGUCUGACGUUCCGCUCGCUCUGCUCUCAGGCGGCCAGAAAGUCAGGGUUGCGUUAGCGAAGCUGCUGUGGCCGCCGCCCCAGCUGCUGAUUUUGGAUGAAGUGACCACGCAUCUAGAUGGUGACACGAUCCAGAGUCUCGUUCUCGCGCUGAAGGAAUACGAUGGGGCGCUGCUUGUCAUCACUCACGACAGGUUCUUUAUGAGAACCGUGGUUGAGGGAGAGUCGCCAUACAAGCUAGCGCCAGGGGUUCGUGGCGAAGACGAGGCUGACGAAAGUGAGUCGGAAGGAGAUGAGGUAGGGGUAGGUCCGGGAACGGUGUGCUGGCUCACGAAGGGGCAGCUUAAGAAGCUCGAGGGCGGUAUGGAGCAAUACGCUGAGCUGGCAGCACGCACGGCGGCGAGACUGGGCAAGUCGGUGAGCGCGGGAUAA